UUCCUUCAUUGUAAUUUAACUGAUUUCAUUUUGUUUUUGUGACUGCCAGAAUUAGUUGGUUUAAACAAGUUGAAGGAGCUAGAUUUAGGCAACAAUAAUGUGGAAAGUUUCGUGGCUCCAAAAGGUAAAAGGAGAAUGUACGGUUAUGAUGUGGCCCUAUCAUUCUAUUCCUUUCAUCAACAAAUACCCUAAAAGAAUUAGAAAACUUGAUCCAUUAGUUUCAUACUCAUAAAUUUUUUGAUGAAACAAUAAACCCUUGUUGCAGGUAUUAAAAGACCAUUGGGCCUAAGUAAUUUGGAAGUGCUUCAUCUAUACAAUAAUUAUUUUAGUAACACAACUUUAUCUUCCCUAAGAGGGCUUUCAUCUCUCAAGAGUCUUGAUUUGAGUGGGAACAAAUUAAAAGGAAUACUAAAUAUUAAAGGUAGAUCAAUUAUUUUACUUGUUUUCUACUUUCAUCUAUCAUUAAAUAUCCUUCUAAUUAAAUGCUGCUUCUUUUUCCUCAUUUUUAUUUGACUAUUUGUAUUUUGUCCCCACCAGAAUUAGUUGCUCUAAACAAUUUGAAGGAGCUGGAUUUAAGCUAUAAUGAAGUGGAAAGUUUUGUGGCUCCUAAAGAUACGAGAAGUUCGAGUAUGCUAGAAGUCCUAUAUCUAAGUGAGAACAACAACACUUGUGGGAGCUGUCUAAUACGGUCAAUCAAGGCAUUCCCUUUAAUUAAGACCCUUGAUCUUACUUUUAGUACAUCUAUAGAACCAGUGACUGUUGUAGAUAGUCACGCUUUUAAGGAGUUGGAAGUAUUGCUUUUGGACGAAUCUUCUCUUCACAAUAAUUUUCUCCAAAGCAUUGGAACACUAAGCUCUCUUAAAGUUUUGUCUGUGUCCUUCUGCGAGCUCAAUGGAACUCUGCCCAAUCAAGGAUGGUGUAAACUGAAGAACCUUGAAGAGUUAGAUUUAAGUGAAAAUAAUUUUCAAGGAAUGCUUCCCUCCUGUUUGGGAAACUUAUCAUAUCUUCUAGUGAUGGAUAUAUCAUAUAACCAUUUCAUAGGAAAUAUUGCCACUAGCCCUCUUACCAAUCUAAAAUCACUUGAAUAUCUCUCAUUUUCAAGAAACAAUUUUCAAGUCCCAGUUUCCUUUGGGAUGUUUGCCAACCACUCCAAGCUUAAGGUCCUUCUUGGCGAUGACAACAAUUUAAUGCCAGAACCUCUCCUUCAUACUCCAACUCCAAAGUUCCAACUCAUAUUUUUGAGUUUGUCUUACCUUGCAUUAAAAGAACCUCCCUGCUUCCUCCAUCACCAAAAUGUCCUUGGGUUUGUUGAUCUCUCCCACAAUAACAUCACUGGAGGAUUCCCAUCUUGGUUGUUCAUGAACAAUACACAAUUAAAAGCACUCAUGCUAGGAUAUAACUCCAUAUCAGGACCUUUGCAGUUGCCAUCACAACCUCAUUUCAAAAUUUCAAUCUUAGAUGUAACAAUGAAUGGUUUAUUGGGAAAAAUUCCUAUAAACAUGAGUUCAAUCUUUCCUUAUCUUACAUACUUAAUCAUGUCCAAAAAUUCCUUUCAAGGUCAUAUUCCUGCUUCUUUUGGUGAUAUGAAAUCAUUAGAAUAUUUAAGCUUGCCAAACAAUCAAUUCUCUGGUAGUAUCCCUGAUUCCUUUGGCCGUUUGAACUUUUUAUUCCAUUUAGACUUGUCCAACAAUUGGCUGUCUGGAGGAAUACCAGAACUACUAGUCCUAGGUUGCCCCUUAGAAUUUCUCAUACUAUCAAGCAAUAAUUUACAAGGGCAUGUAUUUCCUCUUCUUUUCAACUCAACAGAUUUAUUAGUCUUACAACUUAGCAACAAUAACUUUACAGGAGAGAUAUCUGAGUUUUCAUCUAUCAACUCUUUUUCUCCUUGGGUAAUAGACAUAAGCAACAACCAUUUCUUAGGCAAGCUUCCAAGAUGGAUGGGAAAUAUCUCAUCACUAAAUGGGCUAUCUUUGUCCAAAAAUCUUUUUGAAGGUCCAUUUCCAAUAGAAUUUUGUGGCCUUAAUAGCCUUUCUUUUCUUGACCUCUCAAAAAACAACUUGUAUGGCUCUAUCCCUGAAUGCUUUAAUCCACUUUAUAUAAACCAUGUUCAUCUGAGCAACAAUAGAUUUACUGGGCCAUUGACAAAAGCAUUCUACAACAGCUCUGAUCUAAAGUCACUGGACCUUACAAGGAACAAUCUAACUGGUACAAUUCCUAGUUGGAUUGGUAGCCUACCUUCAUUGAGCAUUCUUUUGUUGAAAGCUAACCAUUUUGAAGGUGAAAUUCCUUUCCAGCUUUGUCAUUUGAAUAGAUUAAAGAUAAUGGAUCUUUCUCAAAAUAAUCUUUCUGGUUCUAUACCUUUCUGUUUGAGAAAUUUAACAUUUGAAUUUGAGGCAUCAAUUUCUCAACUUCAGGCUGAUUUUGGGACAGGGGGUCAGUACUAUGACUCAACGGUAUAUUCAUUGUCAAACAUAGGGGGGGAAAAGCUGCUAAAGAAUUACUAUGCCUUCAUGCCACAGAGAAAUGAGAUUAUUGAAGUGGAGGAUUGGGUAGAGUUUACAACAAAGAGCAUGUCAUAUGUUUACAAUGGAAGCAUCCUUCGUUACAUGUCAGGUAUUGAUUUAUCUUGCAACCAGCUCACGGGAAGGAUCCCACUUGAAAUUGGAUACUUGAAUGAGAUCCAUGCACUAAACUUGUCACAUAACAAGCUAAUAGGACCAAUUCCCUCUACAUUUUCAAACCUUAAGCAGAUUGAAAGUUUGGACCUCUCUUAUAACAAUUUGAAUGGGAGAAUUUCCCCUCAGUUGACUGAGCUAAACAACUUAGCUGUGUUUUUUGUUGCACACAAUAACUUAUCAGGACCAAUCCCUGAUCAAAAAGCUCAGUUUGGGACCUUUGAUGAACGUAGCUAUGAAGGAAAUCCUUUUCUCUGUGGAGCUCCACUGCAGAUCAAUUGCACCAAAAUUGAAUCAUCAUUAGUGACCAAUGUCUCCAAUUAUGACAGGGAAAACAAUGGUUUUAUUGACAUGGCUGUUUUCUGCUGGAGCUUUGUGGUGGCUUAUGUUGCAACCUUGAUGGCAAUCACAGCAGUUCUACACAUAAAUCCUUAUUGGAGACGGAAAUGGUUUUACUUCAUUGAAGUCUGCAUCACUUCUUGUUACUACUUUGUUCUAGACAACUUUUGUUAGUUUUCCAAAACAAUCAUUUAUCUCUGUAGAGUCAAGACUCGAGUGACUGGUAAUUAGAAUUGUAAGAGAAAAUAAGUGUUCAUGGGGUAG